AUGAUGCAUAUCAAAACUAGGCCAAUUGACUUUGAAAUUAAAAUUCCUCAUCCCUUUGCGAGUUUUGAUUCGUAUCUUGUCCGGGUGAGGAUCGAUUCAGAGGAUCGAGCAGCUCCACCACCGGCGCCUCAUGGAAGGUUUUCGCAUGAAGACAGCGGAAUCCCAUCAGCUCCUGGUGUACCAGAUGUUGUCGACGCUGGUAUCGGAGAGGUUACUGUAGUUUGGAGUGCACCACUUCAAAAGAAUGGAGGAGAGAUUCGAGGAUAUCAACUCCAGAUGAGAGAGUUACCAGAUGGAGAAUGGGAAGAUAUGGGUGUGGAUCAGUUGAUUAAGGAUACCAGUUGUAGAGAGGGACGUCAUUAUGAAGUCUGUACAAUGCUUUAA